AUGUGGUUUAGAGGCCUCAGACGCAAACCCUCUGCGAAACGACGGCGCUCAAAGCGGUCCCACACUGAGGGCGACGAGAACGCGGAAGAUUCCGGCCAAAGGACGCGGGAAUCAUCUACUUCUCGUCGAGGCAGAAGUCGACUUCCGUCUCCUCCUUUCGACCCGGACGCCGAUCCCGGAGAAGAACUCGAUCCCACAGUAGUGACUAUGGCUACUCUCUGUGACGAUACCGGAAGAGGACGGAUUAGCAGUAAAGCAAACCAGAUUGUCAAUAACCAUGUUGCAUGGAGAGCUGCGAACAGACAGAAGCGGGCUCGGAUGAAGGCUAUCAUGGAAGCCAAGAAGUAUGGACGUGACCUCGAAGCGGAGGAGGACGGUAUGGAUCAAGCCAUUGCAAGUACUCCUCAAGGUGGUGAUUCUGCUUCGGGUUCCAACCCAAAUACGCCUGCUCCCGACUCGACAACAGAAGAUGACCCUCUCGCUGACAAAUCCGCGGACGACUUCAACUAUUCCGAUAGUAUGGCAGUCAGUCGUUUCAACGUUCAAGUCCGAAUAGGAGCCAACGGGGAGACUGUCAUCGACGAGGCUUCUCUUUUUGUGAAUCGCGACGAGGGUGACCAAACCGAAAACUACACUCAUGUGGAGGAGUCGGACUUCACCAAGUUUGUCAACUCGACGACGUACAGCAAGAAGGUCCGGGGGUCGCGAUGGAGUGCAGAAGAAACGGAUCUCUUUUUCGAUGCGCUGUCUCAGUUCGGGGAGAAUUAUGAACUUAUAUCGUACGUACUCCCUGGACGAGAUAGAAAGGCAUGUAAGAACAAGUUCAAGACUGAAGACAAGAAAAACCCCGCACGCAUCACGUUCUGCCUCAAUAACCGUCGGCCGUACGACAUCGCAACUCUGUCACGAAUGACAGGCAAAGAUUUUUCGGGCCCAAUACCUGAGAUCCGUGCACCGACCCCCGUGCUUUCGUCCGAGCUGCAGAACGAACCGGAGCAACCGCCAAGCCCUCCUCCUCCUCGGCCUGUGCGAAAGAAGAGCCGGACACCGAGCACACGCGACGCUGGGGUUGAGAUCGUCGGGCAUAUUGAUGACGUGGACAAGGAUGACCCUCUCGAUUUGUUCGCGCCGACAUGA